AUGGGUUCUACGAAGUCUCUGCAGUAUGAAGUUCUCGUGUAUCCACCUCCAGAGGAACAAUCGGCUAAUUCAGUUCCUCAACGGCCCUUAAUGCAAACUCAAUUCCGGAGGUUUCCGUGUGACAGGGAAAAUAUGCAGCAAUACUGGAUCCCCGAGGGAUUUCGCCCUGUUCUGGUUCACCGCCACCUGUUAAUGUCCAGUUUAGCUGUUACUAAUGAUUUUAAUGAUUCUCGGAAAAUGACGUCUAAUGCUUCUCCGCUGAGGCAAAGGAAUUCUUCAAUUACACUCGACACAUCAACUGGCGGUAAUUUAACGCACCGAUCAAAACGCCGUCGUAUCUUCGGUUCUUCGAAACACCCAGAAAUAUCACUAGUGACGUUCAAAGCCACUGCUCUAUAUUACAAGACGAAAUGCAAAGAAUUGAUGAACAAUGGUACAAUUGCAAACCCUCCAAUUGAUCCUCCUUCGAAGAUCAUUGGGAAAAUGUGGAGCGAAGAACCGGAACACGUGAAAAAACAUUACGAAAGACUUGCUCGCAAAACAACGAAACAUCGAUCGGUCUGUCCCUCAUCAAAAACGACAACGAACCAACCGCCACAGAAAUUAUUAAGUCAUGACGAACCCUUUGAAGUACCUGUCGCCUUGUCUACAACGAUUCGCAAUCGUAAAGUUCUUCAAACUUCCUCUGAGGACUUUACCCGAUGUCACCCGUCCGAGCUCAUCAAACGUUAA